AUGAGAGGGUCUCUGAAGACUCAGAAGCCGACUAUGGACUUCCAAAGCGUGAAUCCUUUGAAUAUUCGACUGAACAUGAUCUCGGGCAAUCUACUACCGAUGACUGCCAACGAUACGUCUUUUCCGAUACUUUGGCGUGUGUACAGCGUGUUGAUGUGGUUGCUUCAGAUAGUCCUAUUGAUCGCGUUAGUUCCCGGCAGCAUGUACGUGUCGACGGAGAAGUUUUUGAAAGACGGACUUGUCUGUUACGUGAUCAGCGCGGAGACAUUUGUCAUAGUCGCGCGAAUCCAAGCCCGUAGAGAUUUGAUGGGUCGAUUGAUCCGCCGUAUAAACAACAUUUUGAGCGCCGCGGAUGAUACUAUGAAGAACGUCGUGAUGACAACCGUGAAGUCGGUAGAGACUCCGCUUAUGUUGUAUUGGAUCGCAGGCAUGAUAUCGGUUUCAGUGUGGAGCUGUUUACCGCUUUGGUUGUUAUUCGGGAAAGAUGUUUUCUACUACGAGGAUUACAGGUUGCCUGCCGCUUUCUUCAAUCAACCGCUGUCGCCCAGAAAAUUUCUCUUGGGAAACAUCGUUCUAUGGAUCUGCUCCGUGUAUAUGUUUAUAAAGAAGGUCGGCACGGACGUGUACAUGGUGCAUAUAGUGAUGCUGAUAACUGCGCAGUAUCGAUAUAUCGCGGUGAAGAUCGCGAUGUUAUUUCAAGAACGGAACGAGGACGAACACGAUAAGACUUGGAAAAUUGACUCUUUAGAACGGAAGACAAGGCAGAUGAAGACGUUGUGUCGGCAUCACAACGCUUUAAUUCAGUAA